AAGAAAAAUAAAAUUCAAACCUUGGCUUAAAAUAAGAAAAUAACAUUUUACACAGAACUUGCCAAAAAUCUGCCAACUUAAGCACCCAUCCUCCUCUUAAUAGUGAGACCCCACCUGCACAGUCACCAGCAGCUUGUCCUUGAUCACGGUGGCAAGUGGAAUAUUGAGGAAGACAAGAAAAGGAACAAUGUUGAAGAAAAGCUAAAAGUGGAACAUUAAGUUGGUUGUAAAAAAGGAAUGAAGAAAGUAUUGGUGACCGGUGCAUCCGGUUACCUUGGGGGAAAGCUGUGCAACGCCCUCGUCCGACAAGGUUACUCCGUUAAGGUCCUCGUCAGACCCACCAGCGAUCUUUCCGCCCUUCCUCCCUCAUCCGAAAUCGUCUACGGUGACAUCACCGACUCUUCCUCUCUCCUCUCCGCUUUCUCCGACUGCUCCGUUGUCUUCCACGUCGCCGCUCUCGUUGAACCCUGGCUCCCCGAUCCCUCUAAAUUCAUCACCGUCAACGUUGAAGGUUUGAAGAAUGUGCUGGAAGCAGUGAAGCAAACCAAGACGGUGGAGAAACUCAUAUAUACGUCGUCGUUUUUCGCUCUUGGACCAACCGAUGGAACCAUUGCCGAUGAGAAUCAAGUUCAUCAUGAGAAAUUUUUCUGCUCGGAAUAUGAGAAAUCAAAGGUUACAACAGAUAAAAUUGCACUACAAGCUGCAUCUGAGGGUGUGCCAAUAGUGUUGCUUUAUCCUGGGGUUAUUUAUGGACCUGGUAAAGUCACUGCAGGAAACGUUGUUGCAAAGAUGCUUGUAGAACGAUUUAGUGGUCGAUUACCUGGUUACAUAGGCAAUGGAAAUGACAAAUAUUCGUUCAGUCACGUUGAUGAUGUGGUGGAGGGGCACAUUGCUGCGAUGAAAAAGGGACAAAUUGGGGAGAGGUAUUUACUCACGGGUGAAAAUGCAUCGUUUAAUCAAGUUUUUGAUAUGGUUGCUGUGAUCACUAAUACUAGAAAACCAAUGAUUAGAAUCCCUUUGUGGGUGAUUGAAGCGUAUGGGUGGUUGUUAGUUUUAUACUCUCGAAUCACUGGAACGUUACCUUUCAUUAGUCCACCGACGGUGAAUGUUUUAAGACAUCAGUGGGGGUAUUCCUGCGAGAAAGCUAAAAGGGAGCUAGACUAUAAGCCCAGAAGCCUGAGAGAAGGGCUUGCGGAGGUACUACUCUGGUUGAAGAACUUGGGAUUAAUAAGAUAUUAGUGGCAUGUUCUACUACUUCAUAGUGUAUCACUUUUCGCAAGACCAAUAACACAAUCGGAAACUUGUUUUAAAAAAAAAGUAUGAUCGUAAUGAAACCACAAUAUUAUCUCCAUUUACCAGUUUGA